AUGAAUACAAACCGACAAGUCUUUCAAAAAUUAUCAAGUACUAGUUGGCGUUUUAUUUCACAUAAAACUAACCUUUCACCAAAUAAUUGGCAUUAUUCACAUAUUUUAUUACCUUAUUCCCGAAUAAAAUCUAUUUCAACAUUGCGCAGAGCUAACGAUAAUAUUUCACAAAAUGGUCAGGGAAUUCGAUAUUUUAUUGGUUCUGCAGUGAUUGCUGGGGUCGGCGGAUCAGUUUAUUAUUAUUUUCAAAAAAAAAAAGGGAAUCAAUCCAUUGACAAUUCAAAUAAUCAACAUCAUAAAAUCAUUCUUUCGCCACAAGAGGCUACAUUAAGAUUACGAGAAAAUCAAUUAUCAUUCUUACUCCAGCGUAACAACGGAGUUUAUCGUUACGAUACAAAUCAAUUAGCAUCUAAUAAUCCAAUUGAGGAUACUAAAUGUGAAUUAAUUAUUCCAAGUUCAAAAAAUGGUGGCGAUCGUUUAUUUUUUGGUGUAUUUGAUGGUCAUGCUGGUUGGAAUACAUCACAAUUAUUAAGUAGGAAAUUGAUCCCUUAUGUUAAAGAACAACUUGAUAAAGCUUAUGAUGGGUAUGGUGAAUAUUCAAAAUUAAUUUCAAAUAAAAGAGAAUUAGUUUCAAAAGCUAUUCAAAAAGCAUUUACUGAGUUGGAUGAAGAGAUUGUCUUUCAUUCGAUUGAUAGAUUAUUAAAUACGCAAAAUGAGUCCGGUGGUAUUUCUUAUAUUAAUGAAAGUUUAUUAUCGGCAUUGUCGGGAUCUUGUGCAAUACUUGCAUAUGUUGAUACAGCUGCAAAUGAUCUUUAUGUCGCUUGCACAGGAGAUUCGAGAGCUGUACUUGGAGUCAAAGACCCAACAACCGGUGAAUGGAAACCAAUACCUUUAAGCGAAGACCAAACGGGUAGAAAUGAACAUGAAGUAGAAAGAUUAGAUAAGGAACACCCGGGUGAAAGUAAUAUUAUCACAAAAGGACGGGUUUUUGGGGGGCUGGAGCCAACUCGGGCAUUCGGCGAUUCUAAAUAUAAAUGGGAUAAAGCUCUACAAGAAAUAAUUUAUUCUAAAUUCUUCAAUGAAAAACGUAGCGUUCCUGGGGGUGACCGAUAUAAAACCCCACCGUAUGUUACAGCCAAACCCGAAGUUACACACCAUAAGAUCAGUCCGGAAGAUAAAUUUUUGGUUUUGGCAACGGAUGGUCUAUGGGAUCGAUUAUCAAAUGCGGAGGUUAUAGAACUUGUUGGACUUUUAAUUGAUGGAAGACGAAAUGGAAAAAAUGGUAGAGAGCUCACUACCGUACAAAAAGAUUUGAAUGUUAAUGGCUCAAAACAACAAAAAGAAUUCUCAUUUGUAGAUGAAAAUGCGUCUACACAUUUGAUACGUAACGCUCUUGGUGGUGCAGCUGAAGAUGUUUUAUGUGCAAUGUUAUCUCUUCCUCCACCUAUGUCUAGAAGGUGGCGGGACGAUAUUACCGUAACAGUGAUAUUUUUUGGCAAAGAUUAA